AUGUCGACGUGGCCAGCGGGCGCCCUGCUGCUGCCGCUCGUCCCGUUCAGCGUGGCUCCGUCGGUGAACUUGGCGGGCAUCAUCACUCGACUCGUCUCAUCCCUCUUGAUAGCCCUCUCCCUCGUCCUCCUCACCCGCCUCGUCUUCUUCCCGCCUGUCAAGCGAUCUCUAACUCUCACCGAACUCAACACCCUUCUGAACCGGCACGAGAACGGCGGGACAGGCGUCGUCGCGCGCAAAUGGCGGAGACGGUUCUUUGCGCCUGUGAGGUACGGCGACGAGGAUGAGUUGGCGGGCAGCGGGAUUGAGGGAAGCGAGGACGAGUUCGUCGAGUGGACCUUCUCGUCGAAGCCUACGCCCGACGGUCUGCGAGGCUGUCUCAAGCGGGUUGUUCUGGAGACGAGCGUGGAAAAGAGGGUCGAGGUUGCGGAAGUCGAGAAGGAGGGACGCUCGUCGCCUGCGCCUCGCUCGGCGAAGAGCGUGCGAGUUGUCGAACCCAAUCUCGACGACGUCCGUGCACUACGGGAGCUCUGGGCGUCAGCAGAGAUGCAGGGACCUGGAGGUCUCGGCGGGAUAGGCGGAUACCGGCGCACGAGGGACUUUUACUCGAAGAGCCAAGGCGGGACGGCGGUGGUCAAGGGGACUACGGAUGUUGCGCCAGUCGUGCUGAAGAAGGUGGCAGGGCCGGGGAGCGUGAUAUCCGCCACGAAGGAGGACGAGUCGGAAACCGUCACGGAGGACGAGGACGAUGCCGACUCUGCGCCCUCAAAACCUCGACGAGCCUCGCGAGUCUCGUCUCUCGCCUCAUCCACUGCUCGCUCCUCCUCACUCUCCCCUUCACCCGCCACUCGCCGGCAACGAACCCUCUCUCCGACUUCUUCCUCCACCCGCUCCGGCUCGCCCGCCUUCUUCGUCGGCGCAGCAGCGAAGUCCUCUCCCUCUCGCCGAAGAGCUCUCAGCCCUACCCUCGGUACCUCGCCGCGCUCGUCUUCGCUCUCGCCCGGUCCGCCGUCCGACCGAGCUGUCGUUCCGAAGUGGCUCAAGACGAAGAAUGGCAAGCUUGCUUCACCUGCGCCGUCGAAGCUGGGGCGGGGCGGCGGUGCAGACGAGGCGGAGACGACCGAGGAAGAGUUUGACGAGGCUGAGGCAGAAUCGGCAACACCGCCGCCGACAAGUCUCGCCUCGACCCUCGCCGGCAUCGCCGCAGUCGCAGCAGCGAUCCCUCCCAUCCCUUCCGACGCAUCAAUCGCCGCCGCACCUCUCUCGUCUCCCGCCUCCGUCCUGAGCGGCGGUGAGUCUCCGCAAGAAUCGCCGACUCCCGCGCCAAAGUACAUUUCGGCACGCCCGCCAAAACUCGCUGUGACGACUUCUCCGCCUCUCGAAGUUCGCAAAAAGCCGCUUUCGCCUCUCGGGUCUUCGUUGCCUUCUCCACCUGCCUCGCCUCUCUCGCAGCAACCAAAACCUUCGCCAGCAACCGCCUCUCCAGCUACCAACCCACCGGUCUGCCCGCCCUCUCCCGUCUCACCCUCACCUUCACCCUCGCCCUGCGUCAAAGCCGAACGCCGCCUCAGCCUCCGCGUCCAACAAUCCCUCAAAAACAGAACGCACAACACCGUCCGCGGCGCAGCUUGA